CAUCCACCCUUAACCCAAAACCCACUACGUACACAAUCCUCCACCGGCGACAGCCGCCAUGGCCGCCGCCAGCAGCACCAAAGUGACCGCCGUCUUCUUAAUAACCAAUCUCCUCUUCUUCACCGCAUUCUCCGUCUCCACUGACUGUCAUUGCGGCGAGUCCCCCAAGCCACCAACCCCCGCACCCAAGCCGCCAGCAGUCAAGCCACCAGCUCCCGCACCAAAGCCGCCAACCCCCGCACCCAAGCCGCCAGCGCCCAAGCCGCCAACCCCCGCACCGAAGCCGCCAGCAGUCAAGCCACCAGCUCCCAAGCCGCCAACCCCCGCACCGAAGCCACCAACUCCUGCCCCCAAGCCGCCAGCAGUCAAGCCACCGGCUCCCGAACCCACGCCGCCAGCUCCCGCGCCGCCGCCCAAGUGCCCUAAGGACGUGUUGAAGCUAGGAGCCUGCGCGGACCUCCUAAAGGGGCUGGUCCACGCGGUGAUUGGGACCCCACCUUCCGACAAGUGCUGCGCCUUGAUCGAAGGGUUGGCUGACGUGGAAGCCGCGGUGUGCCUCUGCACCGUCAUCAAGGCCAACGUCGCCGGGAUCAACCUCACCGUUCCCGUCUCCCUCAGCCUGCUCCUCUCCGCCUGCCAGAAAACCGUGCCUCCCGGCUUCCAAUGCUGAUGAUUGUCGAUCUGUUCAAUAAUUGCCCACGUGCGUGCAUGGAGUUAUUUAACUCAACUCGUUAAUUACGUACCUAGCUAUCUACCAAGGAUGAUUUCUCCAUGUACGGACGUGGGCUGCCGUCAUUUUAUUUGUACUGCUAAUUAUUUGAUGCAACCGCCUUUGUGUUCUUGUUUAGUUCUAAUUUUGGCAGUGCCUUUGAUUUGAUUAAGUACUGUUCGUACCUGAGUUGUUCGUUUGGAAUAAUUGGGCAAACUUGUUUGCCUUGUAUACUUGUUAUGUGUCGUUUAUGUAUUAUCACGCACUGUUGUAUGUGUUAAAUUAGUGGGUUAUAGGUAUAAUAUGCCCUUUAUUAUUUGGUUUUAUCAAAUAUACUAGCCUAUAGCCC